AUGAAAAACAGAAACACUUCAGGCUUAAGGAAACAUCUUAUAUCUUUUCAUAAAAAGGAAUCAGAAAUAUUUCUUCCUGUUAAACCAAAAUUCAGUGGAGAUAUCACAAGCUUUUUAGUAACCGCUGGAAGAAGUGGACAGGAAACCGCUGAAGUGUGCGUCGGCACAUCUGUGGGGACGAUCACCGAGCCAGACUGCCUGGGACCAUGCGAGCCUGGUACUUCGGUCACGCUGGAGGGCAUCGUGUGGCACGAAACGGAAGGUGGCGUGCUGGUGGUGAACGUGACGUGGCGAGGGAAAACGUACGUGGGCACGCUACUCGACUGCACGAGGCACGACUGGGCACCGCCGAGAUUCUGCGACUCACCGACCGAAGAGUUAGAUGCGCGAACGCCGAAAGGCCGCGCGAAACGUGGCCGCGGCGCGAACCCCACUGACAUGACAAACUUCACAGAGACCCGAUCAUCGGUCCACAGCAAACUCCGAAAUGGCGGUGCAAAGGAGGCAGAGGAACGGCCUCCCACGCCGAAAGCAAAACGACCACCGCCUACACCGACAUCGCCCCCACCGGAUCCCGUCCUCCUUGAAUGUCCUGAACCUAACUGCUCCAAGAAGUACAAACACGCGAACGGUCUCAAAUACCACCGGUCGCAUGCUCACGGGUCUCCAGAUGAUGACGAAAAGGACGGGUCUAGUUCUGAGCAAGAGGAAACCACUGUAGAACCGGCAUCGCCUGCACGACCGCCUUCAGAACCUGCGACACCCGCUACACCAGUAAAAUCUCCGACACCGACUAAAUCUCCAGAAGAUAAGAGUGAUAAGAGUGAGGAAAAAUCUCCGGAGAAAGCAGAACCAGUGGAGUCACCGCCGCAACCACGUUUUGAAGAGUUUGCAGCGACACCUGAACCUACACCGCCUGUUGAGCCCCCGCAGACGCCGCCGGCUCCAGCUACACCCCCACCUGAACCGCUGCCAUUGCAACCAACUCAGUUCAAGGUCAAACCGCGUUCAGCGUUAAUGCCGUCGGAGGAGCGAAAGUCAACAGAGUCACCGCCAGACGAAUCCCCUGGUAAAAGAAGAGCCCGAAGGUCUCCGACGCCUGGAGUGCGGUCACCGGCGUAUUCAGACAUAUCAGAUGACGCGGCACCAACAGAAGGUGCACCAGACACGGACCCUGCGCAUCGACCUUUCCCAGUCUUCCACCAGUUCUAUGGUCAACCACCUUAUCUUCCACCGACUCACCCGGCUUCAGCACCUCCACCUCCCAACUCAGAUAAAGGCAAGGAAGAUCUUAGUAAGGGAGACCCUAAGGCAGACCUCAAGGAUGGAAAACCAGAGAGCGGUCCUCAAAAAGUCCUCCCACAGCACUUCUAUCCGUACAACUACGUACCGAAUUUUCCGUACAACGUUGAAACGGGCCCGCCACCAGGACCCCCUCUAGAGGACAAGGGAAAAGAUAUCGACCGGUCGAAAACAACACCUAGUCCUCUAGAUAAGAGUAAACAGCCGAGAGCAUCCGAUGGUAAAGAUCCGCCGAGGCCUAAUGAUACUCAUCAGAUCCUGAAAGAGAGUAUUGAGAUGAAAAGUCAGAUGGGACCAUAUGCCUUCCAGCGACCACCACAUGCAAGAGAAGAGGAAUUAAGAAGGUAUUACAUGAGCUUAGAACAACGACGAAAGGACAGUGGUGAUAUGAAGUCGGGUGGAGGUGGUCCCGGGGUGGCGGGAGGUGGGCCGCCGUCCCGUCCCCCUCAACCCGCUCACAAGCCCAAGGACAAGGACGACAAGCCCAAGGAGGAGGUUAAGGUGAAGCAAGAAGGACAGAAGCCAACAACAGAAACUCAAGGUCCACCACCCCCGCCGACCUCCCAGUACUACCUCCCGCCAUAUAUGCAGGCUCCGCACUACGGCGCUCUGCCCUUUGAUCCCGUGUACCGUGCUCCACUCAGCCCCAUGCUGGUCCCCGGUUUCGGGGGUGGUUGGACGGUCCCGCGGUAUCACGCGCCCGAGGACUUAUCACGACCGGGAGCUCCCUCGAAACUAGACUUGUUACCCCCCGGACACGGUGCCCAGUACUACGGACCGCCACACACCGCCCCUCAUAAGAUACAUGAGCUGCAGGAGCACGCGAAGUCUCCACAGGGCAAACCUCCCAGACCGGAACCCCCCAAGGAAUCGCCGAGAUCUCCCCCACCACAGCGGCAUGUGCACACCCACCACCACACACAUGUGGGGCUCGGAUACCCGCUUUAUCCGCCGCCUUAUCCUGCGGCGGCCGUGCUGGCCAGCACCCAGGCGGUCGUCAACUCAUUCCCGACUCCACCCAAAUGA